ACUUUCAUCUCAUCAAAACAAUCUCAAUUUGAUUUCAAUUAGAAGAGAAAGAAGAGUAAGAAGAAAAAGAAGAACAGAAAUGGCAACAACACUAGGUGGUAUAAGUCUAUCUUCCACUAGAGGAAUUAUGGCUAAGGCAGAUUCACCCAACAAGACCCAAAAGAUGGGAAUUUCCCCAUGUUUUGUGAGAAUGAACAUGAUCAACAUGAAGCGAAACUUUGGAGGAAGAGGAUUAGAUCGCAUGUUAGUGAGGAGUGCACCAGAGAAGAUAUCGGAGAAGGUGGUGGAGAGCAUAAAGAGUGCAGAGGAGACUUGUGCAGGGGACCCAACGAGCGGCGAGUGCGCAGCGGCUUGGGAUGAGGUAGAAGAGGUGAGUGCAGCUGCUAGCCAUGCUAGACAGAAGAAGAAAGACUCCGACCCUUUGGAGACCUACUGCAAGGACAACCCUGAAACCGUUGAGUGCCGCACCUACGAAGAUUAAUGAAGGAUUUAAUCUCUCCUCCUCCUACAUGGGUUUGAGGGUUUCCCUUCCUUUUUCUUGCUUCUUCUUCCUGUAAUCAUUUCUAAGACUACUCUGAUGGAUGAC